AUGGUAUUUAAUAUUCCAGGUGCGAUGGUGCUGUGUGCCGUGAUGCUCGCAGCAACAGCUCUGUUGAUGAGUGUCAAGACCUAUGGAUUGUCAGACAUAGCCGAGUUUAUAUACUCAGUCAGGCUACUUUCUGCGCUAAAGAAACGGCUGAAGGCGUGGCUCUUUCUGUUUUCUGGUCCUGACAUAAUCCAGCAGGGAUACGACAAUGCAAAAGGGCAGCCCUUUGAGAUCCUCACACCAGACACUCGAUACAUCUUUGUCUCUUCGCAGAAGCAUAUCAGAGAAAUAGACAGCGCUCCAUACACGGUCCUUUCUCUCCAGGCAGCAUCGAGGCAGAUCCUUCAACCCCAGUACACAAUGCACGGCUUCAACUGGUUUGAUCGACGAGGAGCAGAGGGCGUUGGCUCUGUCCGCGCGCUUCGCACGCUUCUGACCAACAAUCCGCGCCGUAUCCUGCCUGAUUUGCGAGUGGCUAUUGCAGAGGAUUUUGCUCGUAUGCAAGCGAAGUAUCCAAUCGUAAAUGUACGUUCUACUGCUCAUACUGACGGAUCCAGGCUCCAGACACUCUCCGGUAUAUCCGAUCAUCGUCAGACUCACCGUUCUGACAAAUGCCCUCGCAUUCUUUGGAAAAGACAUAGGAUUGUUGGACAUGUCCUGGCGAAGCGACUCUCCUCCAACAAGACAAUGUAUAACGCUUUACUCCCUGUCGCAGAGCAACGCCUCCAGGAAAAGGCCGUGGAGCAGCAAGGGCAGAAAGUUGAGAAGCAUAACGACUGCAUCCAAUGGAUCAUGGAGACUUCGCCCAGAAAUAAUCCAUGGACCGCACAGCGCAUCGUCUACGAACUGCUGGCAAUCUGGUUCGGCUCGGUGCAUGCCAUGUCAACAUAUGCUGCGUUUGAGCGAACGGUGCAGGGCCUACCGCUCCUCGACAGCUUUAUCAAGGAGUCUACCCGGCUGACGCCGCUUGAGUCGAUGAGCACACGCCGCCACGCCCUCCAGCCCUUCGUCCUGUCCGAUGGCAUCCAGCUCAACGUCCGCGACUGGGCAUGUACUCCCAUCGGAGCCAUGAUGCGCGAUCCAGACCACUACCCUAAACCGCUACAGUUUAGGGGCUUCCGCUUUGUCGACGAGAAAGUUCUCGAGUCUGCAGGUUUACUUCGUUUCAAGUCCCUGCAACCAAGCCCGUCAACCCUCACCGAUGUAGGCGGAAGCUGGCACGUUUGGGGGACUGGGCGGAUGGCAUGUAAGAGUCCAGGAAGAUACUACGCCGCGGCGGUAAUGAAGACAAUGCUGGCGCAUGUGAUACAGAAUUACGACUGCCACCUAGUCGACAAGGACGCGCCGCGAUGGAGUGUAGUUUCAUCCAUGGAAAUUAUCGAAUCAGUCGUAUUAUUGGGCUUUAUCUGA